CACAAAUAUGGAAGUUCAACAUUUGUGUUUCCACUAGCCAGUCGCCACUAUCAGUCUUCCUCCUUCCCGUUGGAAUCCCACCGGCGGUCGGCCAUUGUCAAACAUCCUCCAUUGCCAAAACCACAAGCGCAUAAACCAUCUAAUCUACUCCAAUGGCUUCAAUUAACUUCAAUCCUUUUAAUAAUAAUUGGUUCAAUAAACCUCCGAACCCUAUUAAAUUCGUCGAUUUCCACACCCUUAUUGAUUCUGUAAACCUAUGCAACCAUCAAUCAAAGAAUUCUCCUUUUGCCGCUAUCUCAUUCCCGUUUUUUUCUGGAAAGCCCAAGAAGGACCAUCCUCCGGGGAAGUACCGCCGGAUGCUUGACCAGUUCUACUGGGAGUGCGAGAACCUGCCGGACUACCGGCACUCGCCGGAAGUAGAGAAGAUUCUUAAAGAAGGGCCGAUUUUCGAGAAGAAGGAGAACCCGACCGAAGAAGAGAUUGAGGAGAACGAGAAGUGGUUAGCUGAAUUGAAGGAGAGCCCGGUUGUGCAGUUCUUGGCCCGCGCUGAAGAAAUUAGAGAUAAGCUUAAUGAAGAUGCGCUUAAAGAAAAUUUAGCUCCUUAUAAGAAAGAAGACAAGAAAUUGUGGCAGGCACUCCCUAAUGUGAUUGGAUUGGAUGGAAGGCCUAUGCCUAGGAAAUCAAUAAAGACAAAAGAAGAGUCAGAUGAUAAGUUUUGGGAUUUUGCGCAGCAAUUCUUUUUUGGGCUAUGGGGGUUCCGACAAAGGCCAUAUCCACCUGGAAGGCCCAUUGAUGCUGCCCAGGCUAUUGGGUAUAAACGGCUUGAAAAGCGGUAUUAUGAUUUUAUAAUGAAGACUGGUGGAUGGUUUUAUAAAGACCGGUUAGGUCGGUCUAGGGGUCCCAUGGAGUUAAUACAGCUUAAGACUGCAUGGGCUGGUGGAAUCAUUGACAGGCAUACUUUCAUUUGGGGUGAGGACAUGGACGAAUGGGCACCUAUUUCGAUGGUUUAUGGCUUGGAACGUGCUAUUGCUCCAUGGGAAGCUAGACUAGGGGCAGCUGCCACGGCUUUCCUCCACAAGCUCCAGAAGGGUAUACCUCCAUGGGUUCCUCUCAAGGGGCACGAGAAGAAGACUUAUAAACAGCUCCAAGAAGAAGCUUACGAGAGCAAGAGGCGUGACUUAGCUGUUAUGGAAGCUAAUGGUGGUGUUUGGCCCGGUGUAAGGAUUCCAAGUCACGCCCUAUUUCUUUGGGCAAGUGGGUCUGAACUGACAUCAAUAUUGGAUGAGGAUCACAUGCCUAAUAAAUUCAUCCCAAAAGAUCUAAGGAUUAAAUUGGCUAAGUUGAUCCCCGGGCUAAGGCCGUGGGAGGUCCUGAGUGUAGAACAAGCAAUGGAUCAGAUAACAUAUCGAGGGAGGUGGUAUCGUGAACCACUGGGAUCAUACACAACCGGACCUCCAUACCUUUAUGACUGGAACAGAGAUGCGAUGAUGAUGUUAAAGGUGUUCUUUAAGGUCAGUAGAAAACUGUUGUACACGCUGGUGGAUGACAUCCCUGGGUUUGAUACUGUGUUGCGGAUUGUCUGUGCUCGUGACUAUGCCAAAAAGAUGAAGGAGAGGCGGAGAAGAGUGGCAGAGAAAACUGCUGUGGUGGAAAAGGAAGUGUUUGGUCGCCCUCUGGCUGAGCUGAUUGCAGACAGUGGUAAAAAGACAACUUGAUCAAUCCAAUCCACUGGUGAACUCUUUGUGGUAGCUUGGUGGUUGUUAGCAACGGGUAAAUUUGCUGCUGCAUAGUGAGUUCUGGUAACGUGAAUGGAGAUUUUUUCGCAAAGGGAUUUUGACACCAUCAUACUUAAAAGCCCCAAGAACUCAUGGUAUUCAUUCAAUCAUUCUUUACCUGGUGCCCCCCCUCCUGCUCCCGAAAACAAAACACAACAAGAGCUGUGUUUGUUAUUAGACUGUUCUUGAUAAGUUUAUGUAAUUUUGUAAACACCUCUAUUUUACCUGAUAGGCUGACACUAUGUACCAACACUCGCAACUACUACUUGCAUUACUUAGUUUGAGCAAAAGCAAACGUGUCUACAUAUAU